CUCUUCUAUUCUCUCUUUCUUGAUUGGCCAGGCAUUAAAUGCAUUUCAUAACAGUUUCAUCACUUGUUUGCUCUCUGUUUCCAUAGAAUACCCAGUCUUCUGACCUGCAGCUGGAGGACAGCGGCUCCGUGUUGGUGGAUGACAACUCCAGCCAAUCAUCAGUCACUGUAGACAGUGAGGAGGAGAGGAGGAGUGCCUUAGAGAAAAGCAUGUAUGUUCUAAAAGAGCUGAUCGAGACGGAGAAACUGUACGUAGUUGACCUGGGAUACAUUGUAGAGGGCUACAUGGCUACUAUGGCUGCUAAAGGAGUACCAGAAGACAUGAAAGGAAAAGAUAAAAUAGUAUUCGGCAACAUACACCAAAUCUUCGACUGGCAUAAAGAUUAUUUCCUGGGUGAGCUGGAGAAGUGUGUAGCGGAGCCGGAGAGACUGGCCCAGCUCUUUAUCAAACACGAGCGGCGUCUCCAUAUGUACGUGGUGUACUGCCAGAACAAGCCCAAGUCGGAGCACAUAGUUUCGGAAUACAUCGACACCUACUUUGAAGAGCUGAAGCAGCAGCUUGGUCAUCGGUUGCAGCUGAAUGAUCUCCUCAUCAAACCUGUGCAGAGAAUCAUGAAGUACCAGCUGUUACUGAAGGAUUUCCUCAAGUAUUACACCAAGGCUGGGAUGGACACAGAGGAGCUGGAGAAAGCAGUGGAGGUGAUGUGCUUUGUUCCUAAGCGCUGCAAUGACAUGAUGAACGUGGGUCGGCUGCAGGGCUUUGAGGGGAAGAUCACUGCGCAGGGUAAGCUGCUUCAGCAGGACACCUUCACUGUGACUGAGCAGGACAGCAGCUUCCUGUCUCGGCCCAAGGAGAGGCGGGUCUUCCUCUUCGAGCAGAUCGUGAUUUUUAGCGAGCCGAUCGACCGGAAGAAAGGAUUCUCACUGCCUGGCUACAUAUUUAAAAGCAGCAUCAAGAUGAGCUGCUUAGGUCUGGAGCCGAGUGUGGAAGGUGAUCCGGCUCGUUUCGCGCUGACGUCUCGCGGGGCCGAUGGCAGUAUGGUGCGCUUCGUCCUGCACUCCUCCUCAGUAGACAUUAGCAGGUCCUGGGUCAGCGAUGUGAGCCAGAUCCUGGAGACCCAGCGCAACUUCCUUAAUGCCCUGCAGUCGCCUAUAGAGUAUCAGCGGAGGGAGAGUAAGAGUAACAGUCUGGGCCGCAGUAUGAGAGCUCCUGUAUCUGCAGCCUCCAGCCUCAGACCUCACUCCUCAGCCUCCAUCGACAGACAGAGGGUUCCCUGCCUGCGCACCUACAACACCUCACUGCCCACCCUCUACCUGCCCAGCCAGGCCUCCGCCAACACACACACGCAGCCAGAGUUAACACAGGAGCAGCGCAGCAUGCUGGAGUCCAGGCUGGAGCCCCACACCACCGUGUCUCCCACCCACGUGCAGCUGGCCUUCAGCGAGGAGCCCCCUUUCUCCCAGACCACCAUACCCUGCCAUGCCGUGUCCAACGGCGUCUACCCCCCCAACACACAGAGCUCACAGCGUGCAGGAGAGGGCAGUUCCAGAGCUUCACUGAGAGACACUGGACCUUCCUCCAGCCUGCAGCACCCCAAUAACCUGGCCCAGCUGGACGAGGACGAACUGUGAUGAACCUCGUGGAGUUUGACCUUGUGUGACCCCUCUAGAGAGCCGGUCAAGGCCUGGACGCGUCCAGCGUUAUCAGUAGUGGACGUCACUGAUGUGGUUUAGCCUCAUGCUGUCUGUUCCUCCUUCUCCAAACUCUCUGGCAUGGAUGACCAAGUGAAAAAAAAAAAGUGACGUUAUUUUUUUUUCUGCUUUAUUGUUUCAUCUUUUAGUUUUUUUUAUUAUUUUUAUUGCAAGAGCUUUUUUUUUCUUCUUCAAAAGAGAAAUAACCAUUCCUGCACUGGGAGGACACUGGAGUUGGAAUUCUUUGAGAAACCUUAAUUUUUGGUUCCUUUCACAUUAGUUUUAUUUUAUUUUUAAUUUUUAUUUUUUUGUAUGACUGUGUGUACGCUUGUAUACGGUGUGAAAACAGCAGUGUGUGUAUACCAGUGUGUGUAUGUGUGCAUGACUGGUGAAAUCGCUUUACAUUGUGUAGACAUGCUGAUUUUUAUUAUUAUUAUUUUUUGUUUGUUUUCUGGGCUCGAACAAUGUGCUCACAUCAAUCAGAGGACUGAUUAUAGACUUUGAUUAUAGAGCCUAAACGAGGCUCUAGCUGGAUUAGGCUGAACAUGGCCUCCUUUAAAAAAGGCACUAUUUCACUAUUUCACUAUGUCUCCAGCCUAUUUCACGGUAAACGCCCUGCUGGCCUGCGUGGAUUCGCCUGAAAGAAGGAGCCAAUGGGAAGCCAGGAGACUGACAGUGUGAAGGACUUGUGUAUAUACGUUACUGACGUAUUGCUAUACUGACUGUGUGCAUGAAGACACAGUGGCUUUGCUCUCUCUCUCUCUCUCUCUCUCUCUCUCUCUCUGUCUCUCUUUCUCUCUUUCCUUUUCCCUCUUAUUCUUGAUCUCUCUAUCUUAUAAAAGCCUGUUCCUGCCACCUAAAAAAAUUAAAUCAUUCAGCAAAUUAUUAAUAAGUAAACAGCUAUCUCAUUAUUUUGAGAAAAUAAGUCAUUAUUUUGAGAUACUGUCUCAAUUUUUUUAGAAAGUAAGUCAAAAUUUUGAGAUAGUAUGUCAUUAUUUUGAGAUUGAAAAACGUUUUUUUCCCCCAAAAGCAAACACACCUGCUAUCUCAAAAUAAUGACUAUCUCAAAGUAAUGAUUUAGUAUCUCAAAGUAUUGAGAGAUAAUAUCUCAAAAUAAUUACUUGCUACCUUAAAAUAAUGAUUAACUAUCUCAAAAUAAUGAGAUGAUAUCUUGAAAUAAUGACCUACUCUAUCAAAAUAAUGAGAUAGUAUCUAGAAUUAGUAUCUCAAAAUAAUGACGUAGUAUCUCAAAAUAUUGAGAUAGUAUCUCAAAAUAAUGACUAAGUAUCUCAAAAUAUUGAGAUAAUAUCUCAAAAUAAGGACUUCCUAUUUUAAAAUAAUGAUUUAAUAUCUCAAAAUAAUGACUUAGUAUCUUAAAAUAAUGAGAUAGUAUAUCAAAAUAAUGAUUUAGUAUCUCAAAAUAAUGACUUAGUAUGUCAAAAUAUUUAGAUAGCAAUUUACUUAAUAAUAUAUAUUUUUUAAAUGUGCUGGAUUAUUAUUUUAUUUUUAUGUGGUGUGAGCGAGCUUCCAUACAUUCUCUCUCUCUCUCUCUCACUCUUUCUCUCUUUCUCUCUCUAUCUCUCUCUCUCUCUCUCUGAGGAAUACAGAAGUGUCCAGUGCUGUUUCUGAAUUCUCUUUGAAUUCUGUAAGGUGUUGUCUGAUCUGAGCAGAAGGAGCGCAGACAGACACAGCGCCCCCUAGAGACCUGGAUCCUUCCUGCAGCUGCAGCUCCUCGCUGUGGGAUGAAGAACGCUGUUCCUUCUCUGUUUUAACUGAUAAGGAGUAAAGUACAGUUGUAACGACUGAAUGCAGCAACACAGAGUAAGCAGUCUUACGCCAGUCUUCAUAGUGUAUGUAUGUAAUUCUGUAAAUCUGAUCCGCUUCCACUUCUGCCAGCCUUUCCCCUCACGACCCACGCCCCCUUCCUCACUGUUCACUGUCUAGAUUAAAAAGAGAGAGCUUGUUUUUGAAGAGCAUAUCAGGAAUAUGAUGAGGACUGAGAAUCAGAAAUAAAAAAGACAUUUUGGUACCACUUUAAAAUAAGACUACCCUUAUAAAGGGUUUAUAAAUGGUUUAUAAAUUACUUUAUUAAUUAGUAUAGAUUAGGUUGUAAAUGCCUUAAAAACCUUUGAUAAGCAGCUACAACACAUCAGUUGAAAAAACAACAGUGAUCAGUCAUUUAAUUUAUAGUAAAUAGUUAAACAUACUUACAAAUAUAUUAUUUUUGACAAGUUUAAUGGUAACUGAUGAAAAACACAAAAUAAGAUCAGUAUCUAAGAUCUGAGGGUUAACAGUAUAAAUAAGUGUAGAAUCACUAUUUUGCUCAUUUUCAGCUCACUUUUGCCAUUUUUAUGUAUGUUUUGUUAUAUAUUUAUUAACUGCUUAUUAAUGGGUUAUAAAGUAUGUUCAACCUAAUUAAUAACCAAUAAUAAACUCCUUUAUAAACCAUUUAUAAACCCUUUAUAAAGGUAGUCUUAUUUUAAAGUGGUACCGAUAUUUCCCCUGACUGUAUUUCACCAAGUGCCAAAAAAAGCAGUUACCCGUGCCCUUAACCUUAUGUUUUAGUUUAUGCUAAAGCUGGAAACUAAAGCAUCCCAGAAAAGCAGAGUUAAAUUCAGGUGAUACAUUUAAUACAUUUAUAUAAAUUCAAAAUCAGAGGCCACUCUUGGUUUAUUUAAUAGCAUUUCCAGUCAAAACAAGCAUUAAGUACAAGUGUUUUUCUAUUUUUUCUAGGAUAAAAAAGGCAAAACUUUUAUUUAAUAGAAAUGUAAAGCCUGAGUUACUUUUCCACUUCAUUAGAAACUGCAGGGAAGUUCAGUCGUAGAGACUGAAGCCUUUUUCUUUUACAUUGCAUUACAUUAAAUUAAGGCAUUUAGCUGACACUCUUGUCCAGAGUGACUUACAGAGUGGUUAUCUCUAUAACAGAGGUGGGUCGAAUAUCAAGUAUCUGUAGCGUUAGGAGUCUAGCCCAAGGACUCUUAUUGGUGUAGCACGGCAUUCACUCACCCAGACCAGGAAUUGAACCCUUGUCUCUCUUCCAUAUGAUGUGGUAGCUCACUGGCAGGGGGUGGUGUUAUCCACUGUGCCACAACAACCACACGUUUCUUAUUUUCACAAUCAAAGUCAUUUUAAACAUUCUUCAAACAUUUCUUCUGUUCAGUUGAGUCUCAGUAACAGCUUCUUCUACAGCUCUUUAUCCUUUCAGAUCCACAUAGAUAAAACUUCUUUUCUUACAGUUAAAAGUGUGAAUAAAAAAGGGAAUGGGUAAAAAAAGUUAUGGUCUACAAGGCCUAUCAGACUCUGUACACUGAACUACAGAAAUGAAAUAUUAAAAUUUAAAUAAUAAAAGAAACCUUAGUAAGUUAAAAAACUCAAGAAACUUAUUUUGAAUUUCUCCUGAUUUGCUUCUAUCUAAACUAACUGUACUUAAUAUGAGUUUUGACUGGAAAUGAAAUCAAUCAAAUGGUAGUUUUUGGCUUUUUACAGUAAUCGAUACAUAUAUAAAUAUAAGUAUUAGAGCUGGGCAAUUAAUCAACCCAAUAAUUCACAACAACACAAUAGUUAUUAACAUUACCUUGCUCAUAUUGAUUAUAUUCAAUACAUUCACCACUAUGUGUCUUUAUGUACUAUAUUCAGGUGACUCCACCCUGUCCAGUCUUUAAUAUAAAAGCAACAUUGGAGAUUUGAUUAAACAUUUGAUUAAAAUAAAUCACUUGUGAUUUUACUCACAAUAAAAGUUAAAUGUUUAUUUAAUCAUGCUAUUGAUUUGAGGUCAUUUUGCCCAGCCCUAAUACAUAUACUAAUACAAUACGUAUAUAUCAUUCAUAGUUUUUGGGCAUCUCUGUUUAAAUUGGAUUUAAUCUUUGUCUAUUUUAGACACAAUUACAAACUUUUUUUUUUUUUUUUUUGUAAAAAUAAAACUACAUAUUUAAAAUAAAUACUAAAAACAUAUUUUUUUGUAAUGAAAAAUGAGUUGUAUUCAUUUAUGCUGUAAAUAAACAGCAAUUGUGUCUUAAAAUGGUCAAAAGUGUGUCCAUUAGCAUUAGCAUUAUUUGAACGGAGGUGCCCAGAACUAUACAUACAUAUAUAUAUAUAUAUAUAUAUAUAUAUAUAUAUAUAUAUACAUAAAUAUGCUUGUUGUAUGUAUAUAUGUUUAUGUACAUACAAUAAUGAAGCAUAACUGAUUGUUUCUUUACACAUUACCCAUUUUUAGCUCCACUUAAUCAUACAGAAUCACUUUGUAGUUCUAUAAUUACAGACUGUCGACUUUAUUCAUACUUUAUUCUUUAUUCUCCCUGUUCCUCACUGGUCAGGAUCUCACAGGACCACCACAGAUAAUAAAAAUACAAAUAUGAAGAGUCUGGAAUUAUAGAACUAUAAAAGGCUCGUAUAUGGAUAAUAGAGCAGAUAAAAAUAAAUCAUUGAUUUAAAAAAUAUGUUCCUAAAUCCUGUGUGAAAUGUGACUGUGGCCAUUUUUAUAUUAUUAUAUUAGUAGUAAUAGAAGUAUUGUUUUUUUUUUCCAAUCACUGAAGACAUCACCUUAAUUAUCAGAUCUUUAUUAUUAUUAUUAUUAUUAUUAUUAUUAUUACAUCAGCCUCAAAUAAAUAAAAGAAGAAUGGAGUGUACAGAUAAGAAAAAGGAGCACUUUCAGAUGUGGCUUUGCCAGUGUUACUGUGUGUCCAGUAGAGGGCAGGAUCAGGCUGUGGCUCUGCUGUAGUAUCAGUGAUCUGAUAUUUAUAUUCUGCUGAUCCGUCCAGGACCAGCUUUUCCAGAAGCCCUGUAGUGUCCGGACCACAGGAACUUUAGGACUGAGGCUGCGUCCCAAUUGCGUGCUAAUUACGAAUACUAACUAGUGUUUGAGUGUGUAGUGUGUAGUAUAGAUACAUAGAUUGAUAUCUAUAUACAGCUAUGGGAAAAUUCUAAAAGACCACUUCAGUUUCUGAAUCAGUUUGUAUGAUUUUGCUGUUUAUAGGUAUAUGUUUGAGUAAAAUGAAUAUUUUGAAUAUUUUGUUUUAUUCUAUAAAAUAUAAGCAACAUUUCUCCCAAAUUCUAAAUCAGAAUAUUGUCAUUUAGAGCAUUUAUUUGCAGAAAAAGAGAAAUGGCUGAAAUAACAAAAAAGGUGUAGAGCUUCCAGACCUCGAAUAAUGCAAAAAAAAAACACAAAAAAAACAAGUUCAUAUUUAUAAAGUUUAAAGUGUGCACAAAUCAAUAUUUGGUUAAAUAACCCUGGUUUUUAAUCACAGUUUUAAUGUAUCUUGGCAUGUUCUCCUCCUCCACCAGUCUUGCACACUGCUUUUGGAUAACUUUAUGCUUUUCCACUUCUGGUGUAAAAAAUUAAGCAGUUGAGCUUGGUUUGAUGGCUUCUGAUCAUCCUUCUCUUGAUUAUAUUCCAGAGGUUUUCGAUUUGGUACAAUCAAAGAAACUCAUCAUUUUUAAGUGGUCUUUGAAUUUUUACUAGAGCUGUAUAUAUAAGUGUAAAAGUUGAGUGUACUCAGAUAUUCACGGUACACACUCAGAACUGGUCAGUUUUGGAGUGUGGUUGCUAUGUUACUAUGUUACUAUAAUACAAUACAACGCAAUGCAAAAUGGAAAGGAGGAGCAUUUAACAUAGGGAACAGUAUAGUGGAUAACAAUGCAAGUGCAGUAGUGACGUAUUUAGGCAUAACGCUACAAAACUGGUUAGUACAUUAAUAUUUUGUGUACUAAACUUCCAAACCUUCACUAUUAAGAUUAGUAUACAGUAUACUGUGUAUAUCUUGUAGUAUUAGUGUGUAGUAGUAGUAUGCAAUUGGGACGCAGCCAGAGUGUCCAGAACAGCACGUGUUUCUGCCACUUUAUUAAAAGCCCUCCCUGCCUCCCAAUCAAAGCUGCAGAGCUGCACCAAAGCUUGCGUAUUUUAAUACAGGCAUGUUUACAGUGCAUUUACCCUGUUACUGUCCUCAAACCCCAUCCCCUGUCCCCUGUUCCCCUGUCCUGAUAUGAUAUUCUGAUUUAUAACACAGUUACAGAACCUAUAGCCCAGUAUUGAGUACGGACUCUAAUGCCUUUGCACAAGAAGAAGUGAAACGUUGCAUGCUUUGUUGAACUGUAGCCCAAAACAACCAGACAAACCAAACAGCAGCAGCUGAAGUAAGAGAACUCGGGAAAAGGACAGACAUCAACACGUGUCUAUAUGACUGAUCUCAUUGUUGUAUCGUAUUAAAUAAACUGUGUCUUUUGGAAUAGAA